AUGGCUUUGCUCUUGUUCGUCUGGCCUCGUGAUCUUUGCUAUGUGCGUUAUUGGCGCCGAAAUGAUGAUGGAAGCUAUGUUGUGUUAUUUCGUUCUAGGGAGCAUGAGCACUGUGGUCCACAGCCAGGAUUUGUGCGGGCCCAUAUUGAGAGUGGCGGAUUUAACAUUUCCCCUUUGAAACCUCGGCAUGGAAGGCCUCGAUCAAAAGUGCAGCACCUUAUGCAAAUUGAUCUGAAAGGGUGGGGUGUGGGUUAUCUUUCAUCAUUCAAGCAACAUUGUUUACUGCAAAUGUUAAAUGGUGUUGCUGGUCUGCGUGAAUGGUUUUCUCAAUCAGAUGAAAGACAUACGGCUCCAAGGAUCCCAGUCAUGAUCAAUAUGACCUCAGCUUCUGUGUCUUCACAAAAGAAAAGAGAAUCAGGAGCCUGCUGCAAGGAUUUCCCUUCACUAGAUGAAUUACAUUCUGCCAGCAGAAACUCCAUGAUGCUAGACGAAUUCUCUGAUGAGGAUGAAGAAUUUCAAGUAGCAGAGGCUGAACAAGAGGCAUAUAAUGAAGUCGAACAAACAGCCUUGGAAGAGGACCCAACAGAUCAAAUUGAUUUGUCCUGUUUUUCUGGCAAUCUGCGACGGAAUGACAACGAUGAUGGUCGUGACUGUUGGACAAUAUCUAAUGGCAACAACUUCAGAGUUCGUAGUAAGCAUUUCUUUUCUGACAAAUCCAAGCUUUAA